UAGCGUCUUGCAUAGCAUUCAUAACACGGUUGACCUGCUGUUCAUCCCGCUAUUGGUCCAAGUUCAGUUGAUCACUUUACAGAUUACUCGAGAUAGGGCAUGAUCUAAAUACACCGGAUCUCAUUCGAAGCGGGUUGAGAUUACCACUCUACAAGACCGUGACAUUGUGGGAUCGACUUCAGCCUUGGAGCCGAGUUCAUGAGGGACAGACUUCCAUUUCAAGCUGCGAUCAGUGAUUGCAUAUUCUCCUCGUGAUCGUAUCGCAGUACUUAUGAAGAUUGACAUACAACCAAUGUGAAUUCCCACCGUGAGACACUCAUCAUUUGACCCCUGUGAUGAGUUACAUCCAAUACAACGACCAGCGAUCUAAAGCUUGUCAAGUUGUCAAAUCGUGCGACUGUAUCCUGCGUGCGAUCUGCCGCAGUAUGUACUAUGUAUAUUGACCUGGCUAUAAACGUCAUCGCUGAUAUCAAACUGUCAAGAAGAUCUACGCAUUCGGAAAUAGGUUGACCAAACGAUAGCAAGGAAGUGAUGCAAAGAACCAGUGACUUGGAAACCCUGAGUGUGAUAGCAUUCGAGCCGCGAUUCUCGGGAGCAAGGUUCAUUCCAUUGGUGUUUCCUGAUUGACUAUGAAGCGUAGCACGCGCAUUUCGCUGCCCGCACCCCUUUUUGCGCUUGGGCUUAUAGCCCUCCUUUUCUCUUUGCUUGUCCACGCCGCCAAUACGUAUUAUCGUUUGCGAGAGGGACAUGCAAGUCGUGACCCCGGUGUCCCUCAGUUUCCUAUCACCCUUCGAGAUGUAGCUUUGACGACGAGCAAGUCCUCUCGUCUAGGAUUGCAGUCUUCUGCCGAGGAUAUGCGACAUUUACUCCCACCUGGCGACGGUUUCGUCUACCUCCCCGAUCGCGAUGAACACUACAUUGUUUCUCAUUAUCACCAACUUCAUUGCCUCCGCUCUUUACGAGCAUAUUUCAUCAACCGUGAUCAACUAGACGAAGGAGAUAUUGGUCAUGUUGAUCAUUGUCUCAUCUAUCUUCGCCAAAUGGUUCUCUGUAACGUCGACCUCACAUUGGAACCAGCGAGCCAUCGCCAGUUAACUCCCGACGGAAGGCUUACGAAUGCUGUCACCGGAGUAGGUAUCACCCACAGGUGCAAGGAUUGGUCUCAAGCGAGGCAGUAUAUGGAGGAGAACUAUGAGCAGUGGAAGGACACGUACAAAGUUGGGAUGUCACAUUCGGCUAACUCUACUGGCAGCGGACAUAUGCAUUAGCUCGGUACCGUCUUUGCUACAUCGCUUAGGUAGAGCUACAUACAUUGGCAGAAUCGUUCAUAGCACGGUUAUUUUUCAAAACGGUUUAGUGCAGACCUGGCGAACGUAAGGCUGUCAUAAAAAGUAUUCGGCCCG